CUUCCAAUUUUUCAUCCAUCCAUCAAUCAUGUCCGACACACACUACCAACCCCUCCGCUACAACAACCCCAACAACUACCAGCAAACCACCAGCCAACAAACCAACUCCAACCAGUUCAUCAAGGCAGCCACCGCUGUCACCGCCGGUGGCUCCCUCCUGAUCCUCGCCGGGCUGAUGUUAGCCGGCACGGUGAUCGCGCUAACCAUCGCGACGCCGCUGUUCGUGAUAUUCAGCCCGGUGCUGGUGCCCGCGGUGAUAGCGGUGUCCUUGCUUGGACUGGGGUUCCUUGCCGCGGGAGGGUUCGGCGCGGCGGCGAUCACGGUGUUGGCGUGGAUUUACAGGUAUGUCACCGGGAAGCACCCGCCUGGUGCGGAUCAGCUGGACACCGCGCGUCACAAGCUGAUGAACAAGGCGCGUGAGAUCAAGGACUAUGGUCAGCAGCAGAUCAGUGGGGCCGCAUAUGCUUCUUAAUCGUGCACUUGCAUGCGCAUGAUCAUACCCUCUUCUUCUUCCGUGUUUGUUUGCUACUUAUAAUUUAUGAUCCUUGAAUUUUAUUUUUUUUUAAUUCUCUUUUUUUUUUGGUGUAUGUAUAAUGUAGUUUCGUUUAUUGUGGGUACUCAUCAUCUUCAUCAUCGAUCGAUCUCACUUGUUGUAAU